GCUUGUUGUUAUUAUUCGGUUCCCUAACUAUAAGUGGUCUGCAGUUUCUCUUGGGUUUCUCUCCAACGUUUUUGAGUCUCGACACAAGACUUUCUUGCCGCAGGUUUUUCACUCACUGCGCCACUUGUGAUGCGCUUUCCACCGCGCAUACCCAGUCGGGUGUGCCUGCAAACGGCGCGGUUCUUCGCUACCACUGUACCCACUCCCCGAAUUCCUCAGACCAUCAUCGAAAAAGUUGUACAAAAGUACUCAGUCGGCCUCCCCGAUGGCAAAGUUGUCAAAGCGGGUGACUAUGUCAUGAUUCGCCCGGAGCAUGUCAUGACGCACGACAACACUGGCCCUGUCAUAUCCAAAUUCAAGUCUAUAGGCGCAACGAAAAUUGUCGAUCCCCGGCAGACGGUGUUCACCCUCGAUCACGACGUCCAGAACAAAUCUGACAAAAAUCUUGCCAAGUAUGCUACAAUUGAAGCAUUUGCACGCACACAUGGGAUUGACUUCUAUCCUGCUGGCCGUGGCAUUGGGCACCAAGUCCUCGUAGAAGAAGGCUACGCGUUCCCGCACACCCUUACUGUUGCCUCUGAUUCGCACUCAAACAUGUACGGAGGCGUCGCUUGCGUGGGUACACCCAUCGUGCGCACAGAUGCGGCAGCCUUGUGGGCUACAGGGAAGACUUGGUGGCAGGUCCCUCGUAUGGUCAAGGUGGAAUUGCGGGGAAAACUUGCACCAGGCGUCACCGGAAAAGAUGUCAUUGUCGCGCUUUGCGGGUCAUUCAACAACGAUGAAGUCCUUAACGCUGCAAUUGAAUUUACCGGGGAGGGUGUCUCCGCGCUUUCGGUUGACGAUAGGCUCACGAUUUCGAACAUGACAACGGAAUGGGGCGCACUAGUAGGCGUCUUCCCUGUCGACGAUAUGCUUUUAAGCUGGUACGAGAGUGCAUUGGUGAAAUUAGAGCGAAGGACUUUUGCCUCUGAGUCAAUACCCCCUCCUCCAGAACACCCACGUAUCAAUCGCCGUCGUCUCGAUGCUCUCCGUGCAACCAACCUUGCGUCCGAUCUUGGUGCCCAGUACUCUUCGCACCUGAUCUUCGACCUCUCUACCCUCGUCCCCCACGUCUCCGGUCCUAACAGCGUCAAAGUCUCUACCCCACUUCCCAAGCUAGAAUCACAGCAAAUUGCGAUCCAGAAAGCAUACCUGGUUUCGUGCACCAAUUCUCGUGUUUCUGAUAUUGCUGCAGCCGCGUCUGUUGUUGAGGGCAAGAAGGUUGCAGAUGGCGUCGAGUUCUACGUCGCAGCUGCGAGCUCGCUGGUGCAAGCCGAGGCGGAGAUGCUGGGGCACUGGGACAAGUUGAUUGCUGCAGGAGCCAAAGUGCUUCCAGCAGGUUGUGGGCCAUGCAUCGGGCUCGGCACUGGGUUGUUGGAAGAGGGUCAGACGGGCAUCAGCGCUACGAACAGGAACUAUAAGGGGCGGAUGGGCCACCCUAAGGCUCAGGCAUACCUUGCCAGUCCGGCAGUCGUUGCUGCGAGCGCUGUGAAGGGAUUCAUCUGCUCCCCCAAUUCUCUCGACGCAACUUCGCUCCCUCCCGUGGGUGCACCCGCCUUCUCUAUUGCCUCUGGCUCUUCGGACACGGUAGAGGUACCGCAGGCAGAAGAACCCCUUUUCCCUGGCUUCCCCACAGCCUUUUCUGGCCGCUUGCUCUUUGCACCACAGGAUAACCUGAACACCGACGCACUAUACCCUGGAAAAUACACCUACCAAGAUGACAUCACCCUUGAACGCCAAGCACAAGUCGUUAUGGAGAACUACGACCCAUCAUUCGCAGGCCACGUUGCUACUAUACUCCCUUCACUCACCGCAUCAGAUGAGAGCACCAAGUCCGGGGUGGUCUUGGUAUCGGGGUACAACUUCGGCACUGGGUCCUCUCGCGAACAAGCUGCUACCGCGCUCAAAGCAGCUGGAGUGCCACUCGUCAUUGCAGGCUCAUUCGGUGACAUAUUCAAGCGUAAUGCCAUCAAUAACGGCCUUGUUUGCCUCGAAUGUCCCGAGCUCGUCGCUGACCUCACUGUGGCAUAUGCCAAAGGCGGUGCACGUGGUGCAGGUGGACGCGAAGGUGAGCUCACAGUGGACAAAGGGCACCAGAUACAUGUUUCGAUGAAGGACGGAAACGUCAUUCUGCGUAGUUCUGAUGGAGAAAAAACCUACAAAGUACGCACGGUGGGCGCAAGCGUGCAGGAGCUGUGGGUGUGCGGUGGGCUCGAGGGGUUCAUUCUCAAGUCCAUACAGGCGCAGGCAUGAGUAUUUAGGUGAAAAUGUUGUCUGUUUUUGUGUGCGCCUCGUACCAUCGGAGACAUUUCAUGUCAUCAGGACGAAUAACCGGCGGUUCGGUGUCUAUUUCGUCCACCACAUCAUGCUAUGUUGAUGCGCGGUUUGCCUGUACCAUGCGUUAUCAAGAGUGAGAACGCGCUAUGCUUGCAAACGAAUGGCCGAACGGAGUAAGGCUUGUCAUAAGAUAUGAUUGAGAUCUGACUAGUAUUACUAAGAAUUUAAUGACAAAGGGAUAUCAUGAACGGC